AAACCUCGCUCAGCUGACGAUCACAACAGGGUUUAAAAACCCCCAGCUGCUGUGUGCAGUGGUAGAAGCAGGAAACACCACACCGAGCACCAUCACGAAUCACUGGUGGAAAGUGCAGAAUGGCAGAUUUUGGACUGUAUGGUUAUCAGGAGGAGGUGGUUGAAAGGGCGAUCGACGGAGAAAACAUCAUAAUUUGGCUGCCAACAGGAGGCGGAAAGACUCGAGCUUCCGUGUAUGUGGCCAAAAGACACCUGGAGACCAAAACCAACGCUAAAGUGAUGGUUCUGGUCAACAAGGUUCACCUUGUCGACCAACAUUACACCAAAGAGUUUAAGCCUCACCUGGGUCAGAGUCAUAAACUGGUGAAGGUCAGUGGAGACAGUGAGGAGAAGGACUUCUUCGGGUUAGUGGUCCAGAGCAGUGAUCUGAUCAUCUGCACGGCACAGAUUUUGUAUAAUGCUAUGAUCAACACGGAGGAGGCCAAACACGUGGAGCUCUCAGAUAUUACUCUGCUGAUAAUCGACGAGUGUCACCACACCCACAAGGAGUCGGUGUACAACCAAAUAAUGAGAUAUUAUCUGGAGAGGAAGCUGAAGGGAGAGCGACCGUUGCCACAGAUUCUGGGUCUCACGGCGUCGCCGGGGACGGGCGGCGCGAAGAGCCUGCAGAACGCCGUGGAGCAUGUGCUGCAGAUUUGUGCUAACUUGGACUCAGCCAUAGUCUCAGCUAAAACCUACGCCCCUGAACUGAAGGAGAAGGUACCCAGACCCAUCAAGACCUUUGACAUUGUGGAGAAAAGACUCUUGGAUCCAUUUGGAGAUCACCUGAAGGAGAUGAUGGAGCUGAUCCAAGGGUUCAUGGACCUUCCUCCCGACGUCAAACUCAGAGAGUGCGGUACACAGGAAUAUGAGGCCGAUGUGGUAGUUCUAGAGCAGCGAGGAGUUCGAGAGAACAACAGAGUGCUGGCACAAUGUGCGCUCCACCUAAGGCAGUACAACGACGCUCUGCUAAUCAAUGACACCCUACGAAUGAUGGAUGCCUAUGGCUCCCUGGAGGACUUUUACAACACCAAGUUCACCACGGCCAUUGAUGGGACAGACUUCUUUCUGGUGGGACUUUUUCAAGAGAACCAGGUGGAGCUGAGGAAACUUGCAGCAGAUCCUCGCUUUGAGAACCUGAAGAUGGCCAAACUUGAAAGCACUCUGCUGAAGCAGUUCGGCCCCGCCGUCCAGUCAAAGGGGAUCCUCUUUUGUAAAACCCGCAAAACUACUCACUGCCUCUCCGACUGGGUCCAGAAUAACGAUGCCUUGCAAUCAGCAGGCAUCAAGUCAGCCGUCCUCACUGGGGCUGGCAACGGCAUCACGUACAUGACACAGCACGAGCAGGUGGACACUAUUCGCAAUUUCCGCAAGGGCACUCUCAACCUCCUGAUCUCCACCAGCGUGGCUGAAGAAGGCCUCGACAUCCCUGAAUGCAACCUGGUGGUGCGCUAUGGGCUGCUUACCAAUGAGAUCGCCCAGCAGCAGGCCAGUGGCCGCGCCCGAGCACGGGAGAGCCAGUAUUCAGUGGUCGCCCAGGCGGGGGGCCGGGAGGUCCGCCGAGAGCUACUCAAUGAGUGUCUGGAGGAGCUGACAGGGAAAGCGAUCACCCGUGUCCAAAGUUUGAGCCCCCAAGACUUCCGCAGAAAGAUAGCAAGGCUGCAAACAGAGGAAAUCAUCAGAAAGAAAGUUUCAGAGAAACAGAAAGUUGAGAAAAAGAGUAAGUAUGCUGCUUCCAGCGUCCAGCUCUUGUGUCGAAACUGUUUCCAUCCAGUGGCCUGGGCCAGUGACAUUAAACUUCUGGAAAACGCCCACUUCGUCAACAUCAACCCGGACUUUGAGAAUAACUACAAAGUCGGUGGGCAGGUGAUGCUACCGAAGACCUUUGAGGACUGGGAGCCCGGGUGCACCAUCAGCUGCAAAAACGGCCAAUGCAGCAUGAACUGGGGAUUUCAAAUGAAGUACAAGAAGAUUGCCUUGCUGCCAAAUCUAGCCAUUAAGAACUUUGCCCUGGAGACUCCAGACGGGAGGGUGACGGCGAAGAAGUGGAAGGAUGUUCCUUUUAUGGUUGAGGACUUCAGCUUUGAGGAGUACUGCCAAAACGUCCUCCAUGACUUUCUUGACUAAGACCUGAUGGAGCUAAGCCCAAAGGGGCUAAAAAAAUAAUAAUAAUGACGCAAUCUUUUUAAAGGCACACUUUUUUUUAAAGGGACUGCUUAAAAUGAGCAGCUUUGCUUCUGCCCGCGAUGGUAACCUCUUUGCAUGACACUCCGUUUUACUUCUCUUAGCUUUUUAAAAUAAGUUUAAUCAAACAGAAAUGAAAUAUAUAUGCAGUAAUAUGAGUGUUUGUUUGUCAGAAGAUAUUGUUUUAUGUUUCUCUGGUGAUGUCUGUAAUUUAUGAACUAGAACUAAAGCUGAAAUCUUUUUUAAAUCUUGAACACAUUCCCUGUCGUUUUGUUGUGUUUUUAAUCCACUAGGGGGCAGUGUUGGCUAACUAAUGACGGCGUGCUGCCUUUCUCACCUGUGAUGGC